GACCUGAGCACUAUGAGGUUGAUUUUGACAUUUAAAAAAACAUAUGAUUACUUCCAUAGUGCUUCUGGUUCCAUUAAUCUUGGAGACGGGCUAUGAAGUUCUUCUAGCCUAAGCUUUGAUAUUCCCUCUGAAAAGUGGAAACACCAUGAUUCUGAGUCUUUUGUUUCCAGGACACCCUCCCUCCUAGGAACUAAUUUAGCUUUUUUUUUAAUUAUUAUGAAACAGUAGGAGCAUCACCUACUUAUUAUAUAUAGUUCUCUUCCUUUGGCAAAAAUAAGAGAGACCUUUUGGAAGUAAAUAAAAAUCAUGACUUAAAAUCAUUAUCAGUUCCUUCGGUAGACCAAAAUCAGUUCCGUUGCUGCUAAUCAGAAGGCACCACAGAUAUGGGGAUAUCAUCAGCAAGAACCAAGCCAUCUGGUCCCAAAAGUAGAAAAAAAAAGGAAAGGGAGGAGCCCACCUUCCAUCUAGGAAGUUGAAGAGGGGGAACUGGAGAGUUGGGACUUGGGACUCAGGAGCGGAAUAAGGUUGUAUGCCUAGCCAAGCUCGCUGAGCAGGCCGGCGAUAAGACUAUAUGGUUGAAUUUGUGAAAAAGCUUGCUAGGAUGGAUGUGGAUAUGAGUGCUGAAGAAAGGCAUUUAUUCUCAGUAGGUUUCAAGAACACUAUUGGGGCAAAGAGAGCAUCAUGGAGAAUCAUUUGUUCAUUUGAGCAAAAAUUGACAACUGGUGAUCAGGCUGGUGUGAUGAUAGAUGCCUACAAAAAUAAAGUAGAAGAUGAACUAAGGAAGGUUUGCAAUGAAGUACUGUCAAUCAUCGCUAUUCAUUGCCUUCCCUUGGCCAAUUCGGGUGAAAAUGUCAUGUUCUUUUAUAAGAUGAAAGGGGACUACUAUCGUUACUUGGCUGAAUUUAGCACUGGAACUGAAAAGAAGGCUGCUGCUGAUCAGUCACUUAUGGCGUAUCAGCACGCCAUGGUUGUUGCCUCCAGUGAGCUCUCACCUGCUCACCAAAUCAGACUUGGCCUUGCCCUCAAUUUUUCGGUCUUGUUUUAUGAGAUAAUGAACUCGCAUGAGAGAGCUUGCCAAGUGGCAAAACAAGCAUUUGAUGAGGCUCUUGCUGAGAUUAAUUCUGCUGGUGAGGGGAUUUACAAGGAUAGCACGCUUAUGAUGCAGCUUCUCAAGGAUAACUUAGCAUUGUGGACAUCAGAACUAACUGCAGGGUUGAUUGAGAUGCACGCGGAAUUACUAAGCAGCAAUGCUAGCGAACCCCGUGUCCUUAGUUUUUCUGCAUCAGAAGAAGAGCCUUAUGUAUCUUUUCUCCUGCAGUUUCUCUUCCUCUCUUUUGGCCAUCGUUUGGUCUUGGAGUCAGUUAUCCUACUAAAUGUUUCAGUGUCUGGAGUCUGGACUGGUGACCAUCCACCCAGCUUUGGUGAUAUUUUUGGGAGCUUGGAUUGGUGACCACCCAGCUCGGAUGUCCUGUUGCCUUUUUCUGUGCUUGAGAGGCGUCUUUGUACACUGACGAUGAAUUUUCUCUUAUCAAUGCAUUAAGGUCAAGGACCGUCCCUGUCAUCA